AUGUUGCAAACUGCUAGAGCCAAGAAGUGUGCAUAUAUCACAAAAGAAUUGGAUUAUGAAAACUUAGAUGACUAUAUUUGGUUAGAUAAGGACAUUGAUAAGAAAGCUUCUGAUUACUUUGCUGUGUUAUUAAUAGCUAAAUUAAAGAAGACUGCACAAAAUACUCAAUCUAUCACUGCCUGCUUUGCCUCUACCUUGAUUCAUUCUAAAGUUGCCUCUGUUUUGACAUCCACUUGCAAAUCAUCAACAGAAUUAUUUGUAUCAAUAGAAAUUAAACCAAUGGAAGUGAAACUAAUAGAACUAAUGGAAGCAGAACAAAUAGAAAUGAAAUUAACAGAGGUGGGAUCAAUGGAUGUAGAAUUAGCAGAAUUAGAAAUUGAUAAGAAAACAAAAAUGAGGCUAGCAAUUGAGAAAUUAGAUAGGAUAUUAAAAAAAAAUAACAAUUAA